UCAGUAAAUGGGAGGUGAUAAGAUAAUAGUAGAGCGUCAAUAGGACUCUUAUGACUGGGAACAGGAGUUGGUGGAGUCAUUCCAAAACGGUAGCGUUGAUCUGGCUCAUCUCUGCCUUCUGUUUCUUCACCUUGUUUCAAAUGGCCGUCCAUAAUUCAUCACACACCAUUUCAUCUACUUCUGAAGAUUCUCCAAAUUUAAACACGGAGAGAAGAUCCAAGCUAUAUGACAAGAUGGCAAGAGAUCUCGAUGAGCAUGGAGCUGCUUUCCUUAAACAUGGUGAAACCUCACAGUCAUUGUCUCUUUCAGAUAUCUUCACUCUGAAGGAUGGAUCUGUAACACCUGUACUAAAGCCUGCAAAUCCUCCCGUUCGAGCUAAUGUAUUGUAUUUGAGUACUGAAUUCUCUGUCCCCAUCGCGGAGGCUGUCAAAAAUAUUUUUAAUCCAUAUUUUGAUAAAGCAAUCUGGUUCCAGAACUCUAGUCUGUACCAUUUUAGCAUGUUUCAUGCCUCCCACCAUAUUGUACCUGUACCUGCCACCAAAGAAGAGAUAGAAGCUGAAGCAUCUUCCGUGGAAGCUGUUGUUGGGACCCUCUGCCCUUUGAAAAUUGUUUUGGAUAGGGUGGUUUUGACUUCAACUGGGGUGCUCCUGGGUUGCUGGCAGGUCAUCUCAGGGACAGAUCCCAUAACCAUUCGUGCUACGUUGAAGAAUGUACUUCCACGGGCACCUGAAAAACAACUUUAUGAUGCUGCAAUUCUUCAUACGUCAUUUGCAAGGCUUUUGGGUCCACCUCGAGCAUCGUCUUCGGAGCUGCUUAAAACGUCAGAUGAAGUCCCAUUUUUCCACGAGCUAGUUAAUCGACUUAACAGUCAGAUCCAUGGAUUCAAGGCAGUGGUGUCAGAACUCUGGUACGUGGAGGAAUAUGAUGUGCUUGCCCUUGCACUAAAUGGAAGAAUGAACGUUCGCAAAUUCAAACUUGGGUGCUCAAGAGAAUGAAGUUUAGACUUGCACAUUAAAUUCACUGAGGGGCAUGUAUCGUAUAUAGGAUAAGAUAAGAGCUAAUAAUAUAAUACAUGAUAGUGUAAGAGUUGGUAAGACUUGAUUAAAUUUUAAUAUUAUCUAGUAAUUGAUAUGAUAUUGUAUAAAAUAAUGUAUUGUAUAAAAUAAUACUAUCGAGUGUUUGGUAA